AUGGUGUGCCCAUCCGGUAAAGCCGAGCUUCAGCGCCGGAUGAUGCUCAGUUUUUAUUCGGAUGUUAACAUCAUGUCCGAUGAGGUGUCCCGCAAACUCGACACAGACCUGGAGCCUUACUAUGGGGAACCGAUCCCAGUUGUGGGUCACCCCGACCGCAACCCUCUUGGAACCGUCAAAGCUCGAUGGACCUUCUGUGGACGGGCGAAACCCUACCGGACUUUUUUCUACGUUGUCUCGAACGUGGAGUAUGAUCUUCUCAUCGGGAGACCUUCGAUGCGGCAGCAGGAGCUUUACAAAGCGGAUCCAAACAUUGCGAAGAGACUGAAUGCGUCGUUUCGGGGUGACCAAGAUCGGCACUAA